CAUCACAGGCCAACCAGCCAGCCACUACACUAGCUUUCCUAGGAGCUAGUAGUCCCAUGGCCAUGGCCAACUCGACUGUACCUCCAUGCCUCUUGCUGCUAACCAUCGUGUCCCUUGCCGCCGCGAACGGCGGUGGCAACAACUCCACCGACUCCGGGCAGGUCCGCCUUAGCUGCGGCGCGUCCGCCUCAGCCACCGACUCCGACGGUCGUGCGUGGGACGGUGAUUCGACGUCCAAGUUCUUGACAUCGACGAACGCCGGCGUCGCGGCUCGUGCGUCGUAUCAAGACCCAUCGCUGCCUUCUUCCGUGCCUUACUUGAUGGCGCGCGUGUUCGCGUCGAGCCACACGUACACCUUCCUCGUCCGCCCCGGCCGCGUGUUCCUUCGCCUCUUCUUCUACCCGACCGACUACGGCAACCGCAACGCUUCGAGCGCCCUCUUCGGCGUCACGGCCGGCGGCGUCAUGCUGUUGCGCGACUUCAACGCGUCCCAGAGCGCGCUCGCGCUCGACGCCACCUAUCUCGUCCGCGAGUUCUCAGUGAUCGUCAACUCGAGGGGGAGGCUGGAUGUCACCUUCGCGCCGUCCACCGCCGCCUCCUCCCACUACGCGUUCGUGAACGGCAUCGAGAUCGUGCCCACGCCGGACGUGUUCACGGCGCCCGUGCCGACCUUCGCCAACGGGGGGCGGCCGGACCCGAUGCCCAUCCGCGCCGACACGGCCUUCCAGACCAUGUACCGCCUCAACGUCGGCGGCACGGCCGUCUCCCCGGCUGACGACUCCGGACGCUUCUACCGGACCUGGGACACCGACUUCCCUUACAUAUUCGGCGCGGCCGUCGGGGUCUCUUCCAAGAAGGACAGCGACGUCACCAUCCGAUACCCGCCGUCCGUUCCGCCGCACAUCGCGCCGGAGGGCGUGUACGCGUCGGCGAGGUCCAUGGGCCCGGAUCCGCAGAUCAACCUGAAGUACAACCUCACCUGGAUCCUGCCCGUGGACGCGGGGUUCUACUACCUCCUGAGGUUCCACUUCUGCGAGAUCCAGUACCCGAUCACCAAGGUGAACCAGCGCUCCUUCUACAUCUACAUCAACAACCAGACGGCGCAGGAGCAGAUGGACGUCAUCACGUGGAGCGGAGGGAUAGGGGUUCCGGUGUACACCAACUACCUCGUCGUAACGACGGGCUCCGGCCAGACGGACAUGUGGGUCGCGCUGCACCCAGACCCCAGCACCAGGCCGCAGUACUACAACGCGAUACUCAACGGGCUCGAGGUGUUCAAGCUCCAGACGUACGGCAGCAACAACCUCGCCGGGGCCAACCAGCGGAUCCCACAGAAGCAGCUGUACCAAGGAGAGUUCAAGAGGAAGAGUGCCGUUGCUGCGGUCGUUGGUGGAGUGGUCGCCCGUGCCCUCCUCGCGGCGUUGAUCGGCUGCGUCUGCGCGUGCGCUAUCUGCAGGCGGGGAAGGAAGUAUGCGUCGGUGGUCGUGUGCGACCCAGAGUCCAUUCCUGAGCAACCAGCACAUGGUCUACCUAGCCCAAAGGAAAGGGUAAAGGUAUGGUAGAUCCCGGGACAGAGCCUCUUCAUCCUGUCCGUUCAACCCUGCCAAGAUUUGUGCGGCUGUCUGCAGCUAAUAAACCCUGUCUCUAAGCACGAGUAGGUCGUAGCUUCACUGUUCACUGAUUAGAUAUGCAUCUCACUAUUCACUGAAUCUCACAUGCAGGUGUUAUUUUUACUAAAUCCCCCAAAAAUCUCAUAUCAUCCACUGAACACCCAAAACUUAUUUCGUCGUCUGAUCCCCUUCAUUCGCGCCUUCCUGAUAGGAGCCUAAUCUACACGUAAAGCCACCAUACGCCAAGGUUUGUUUACCCGGUCAUGGACCAUGGUUGUUGAUGGCGCCGCUAGCAUGGCAUCCGCCUGACGCGCAUGGGAAAUGCCCCACACGGCAUACAAACUAGAACAUCUGACUUUUUUGUAAUGCCGACCCUCCUCACGUCAGUACAUCUGGUUUCCCUCGUGGAUAAUCCGACCUAUGCCUGAACUUUGAGUGAAACUAGGAACCCAUGAUUUAUUACUGUAACAUUGUUCAUGAAUUCAAGCAACAUACACAUGUGAGACUACAUUGAGGUAACUUGGUUUUAACUAAAUUCAAAUGACUUGGUUUCAUGUACUCCCUUCGUUUUUAUUUAUUCUGCAUAUUAGGUUUGACUGAAGUCAAACUUCGUAAAAUUCUACA